AUGGCUCGACGACCUGCUCGCUGCUACCGCUACUGCAAGAACAAGCCGUACCCGAAGUCGCGUUUUUGCCGCGGCGUGCCGGAGCCGAAAUCAAGAUGUUCGACGCGGGCCGCAAAAAGGCGGACGUCUCAGAGUUUCCUGGCGUGAUUCACCUGGUCUCGUACGAGUACGAGCAAAUCUCUUCGGAAGCGCUGGAGGCUGCGCGCGUGGCCGCGAACCGCCAUGAUUAAGACGCUCGGCCGCGAAGGCUACCACCUGCGCGUGCGCGCGCACCCGUACCACGUCAUCCGCAUCAACAAGAUGCUUUCCUGCGCGGGCGCGGACCGUCUGCAGACGGGCAUGCGCGGCGCGUUCGGCAAGCCGAACGGCGUCGUGGCGCGCGUGAACAUCGGGCAGGUGCUGAUGUCCAUCCGCUGCCGCGAGGACAGGAUCGCCGCCGCCGAGCAGGCGCUGCAGCGCGCGAAGUACAAGUUCCCCGGGCGCCAGCGCAUCUUCGUCUCGACGAAGUGGGGCUGA